AUGGAACUUUGGUUCAUACUAUUUGCGUCAUUUUGCCUGUGCACAUCUCUUCAUUACCUCAUACGCCUCUUGGAUACCAAAAAGCUUCCGCCAGGCCCUCCCACCGUGCCAUUCUUAGGCAACCUGCUAUGGCUUCUGAAAUCCUCCCAGGAUUUCUCCAACAUGGAGCCCAUCAUUCGAAGUCUGAGCGCCAAAUAUGGACCCAUUGUCACUCUCUACAUCGGCUCACGCCCCUCCAUCUUCAUCACCACUCAAGCAGUCGCCCAUCGAGCCCUUGUCCAGAGGGGCGCUCUCUUCGCCAACCGCCCUCCGGCUCUUGAAACCACCAGAAUUAUAUUCAGCAACCAACACACCCUAAGCUCCGCGCCCUACGGAUCCUUGUGGAGGCUGCUUCGUCAAAACUUCACCUCCCUCUUGCAUCCUUCUCGCUUAAAACUCUACUCCGACGGUCGUAGAUGGGCGUAUAACAUAAUGAAGAACAAACUAGUGAUGAUGGCCCAUCAGCAAUCUGCAGACUCUCCUAUUCCUAUCUUCGUGCAGGAUCAUUUUCAGCAUGCUAUGUUUUGUUUACUCGUCUACAUGUGCUUCGGAGAGAAACUAGAAGAGAAGGCCAUCAAACAGAUAGAGGCAGUGCAGCGGCCUAUCCUCGUCAACUUCAUCAGAUUUAACGUGCUGAACUUCAUGCCGAGGUUGGGGAAGGUUCUCUUCCGAAGGCUUUGGAAAGAACUCCUAGAUAUUCGCCGCAACCAGGAAGAAAUCCUCCUCCCACUGAUAAGGCAACGACAGGAGAAAAUAAUUAAGGAGAAGAUUCACGAAGACAAACACCGCAUCCUCUCUUACGUCGACACCCUGUUCGAUCUCCAACUUCCCCUUGAAGACGGUGCCGGAAGGAAGUUCUCCGAUGCUGAGAUGGUCAGUUUGUGUUCCGAGUUUCUUAAUGGCGGCACGGACACGUCUACCACUACACUACAAUGGGUUAUGGCCAACCUUGUGAAGCACCAAGAAAUUCAAGAAAAGCUUGUUGGUGAGAUUAAUGCCGUUGUAAAAAAAGGAGAUGACAUCAGGGAAGAGGACAUAGAAAAGAUGACGUAUCUAAAGGCCAUAGUGUUGGAGACUCUACGGAGACACCCGCCGGGGCACUUCAUAUUGCCACGAGCAGUGACUGAGGACACCAUCUUCCACGGGUAUGAUAUACCCAGAAAUGCCAUGGUGAAUUUCACGGUGGCAGAGAUGGGCUGGAACCCCAACGUAUGGGACGACCCAAUGGAGUUUAAACCAGAGAGAUUUCUGAGUCACAAUGGGGAGGUGGUGUUCGACAUUAAAGGAGUUAAAGAGAUCAAGAUGAUGCCUUUUGGUGCAGGCAGGAGGGUAUGCCCUGCUAUUUCCUUGGCACUGCUUCAUCAACAGUACUUCGUGGCCAAUUUGAUAAGAGAUUUCAAGUGGAGUGCGGGAGAUGGUGAAGAAGUUGACUUGACAGAGAAACAAGACUUCACCAUGGUCAUGAAGAAUCCAUUACGAGCCCUCAUCUCCCCCAGGAUAUGCUGA